AUGGCUCGCACCAAAAGAAAAACCCCAGCAGCAGCCUCACCGUCCUCUUCUUCAUCUGAAGAACUCCAUGUUGCUGCCUUAAAGAAGAAAUUGAAAGAAAAGAUGAAAACACCAGUAACUGAGUCCAAUAGUGUAUCCUCUGACCCAUCUGAGGAAGUCGAACCUGCGGUGAUGGCACCAGAAAAGAAAAGGGGAAGGAAAGUGCAUGGGAUUGACAUUCAGCAUGAAAAGGGUGCUUCAAAACCAUUAGGCUCUCUUGUUGACAAAGCGCUUCUAGACUGUAAGUUCAUAAAAUGGGACAAUUUUGAUCAGGUUGAUUUUCAAUUUAGGGAACUCUUUGAAUUUCAAGAAUGGCUGACUGUGUGUGAAUGCACUGAUGUUUAUUAUCCUAGACUAGUCCAAGAAUUUUAUAGAACUUUAAAAAUUAUCGAUGAAGAAGACAGAUUUAAGGUUUCUUUGAAUGACAGAGCCUAUGAGGUUUCUGUUGAGUUGAUUGCUAAAGCCUUAAAAUUGCCGAAUGAUGGAAAUAGAAUCUCUGCUCAUAGUGAUGUUGCUAGAGUUCCAGGUUUUAAUUUUACUGAAUUUGAAAGUGAAGUUUUUCCUGCCAACACUGCCACUAGUGAAAAAUCCACUAGCACUAAAGCCCUUCAACACAUUAAGAUUAUUCACAAUAUGGUGAAUUAUAUAUUUUGUCCUAAAUCUGGUAGCUAUGGAUAUUUGAGCUAUUUGGAUAUGUGCAUCAUGUGGCAUAUUGUUAAUAAAGUGAGAAUGAAUUUGGCCUAUCUGAUUUUCAAGAAUAUGUGUAAAGCUUAUGGGAUUGGUAAAUUACCCUAUGCACACCUCUUAACCGCCUUGUUUAGAGAAUUGGAUAUAAAUGUCUCUAAGAAGAGUUCUAGGGCAAAUUUAAUUGUGCUUAGAGAAAGUCAUUCUCAUACUGAUGGCAGAAAGAAACGUUUUGAAAAAGGUGGAUCUUCUAAAGCUAAAGUUGAUUCAGAUUCCAAAAGUGAGAUUAUGAGUGAGCUUCAAGGGCCAAGAACAUUUAUUAAUGAAAAAUUCAGUACAUCAAAUCAGUCUAUUGAACUUCUGAGACAAUUUGUGGAUAUUGUUGAUUACAAAGUAAGUCAUUUACUUACUCAAAAUGAGGAGUUAAAGAAACAGAUUGCAGAUCUUAACCAGGCACAGGGAACUGAUUUUGCAACCAGAGUUGAGACUGAUGCACAUGCAGAUAAUCCUUCUCGUCAUGAUGGUAGUGCAUUUGAUCAUGGUAAUGUUGAGUGUGGAGGCACUGGACUUAGUGAGUCUACUGCUGCUGUAGAAUAUGAAAGUGAACAGGUUACAAAACCUGCAGUUGAACCUGUUGUUGAGCAUGAUAGUGAACAGGUUGUAGAACCUGUAGUUGAGCCUACUGUUGAACUUGAGAGUGAACAAAUUGUAGAACCUGUGGUUGAGUCCACACAGAAUAAGGAAGAUUCUCUAAAGGAUCAGCAGGAGAGUGUUCCACCUAAACCUUCUGCAGCUGAAGCUUCUUAG